GAGUUCUCAGUCGGUCCAAGUUCUUUGGCGGUUGAUAAGCGUGGUUGCUUCAGCAACCGAUUAGUCGGAAACCUUCUUUUCGCGUUGACUAGAUCACUUCUCUUGUUACACCGUGUAAUUUUCCGGACGUCGGAACACAACGAACAUAAUUCAGUUCAGGACUACGUGAUUGUUUUAUUUUAUGUUAACGACGUUGGAUUAGCCAUAUGUUAUCAUGAGUAACACCUGAACCAGCUAGUAGUUGCGCGGAACUGCAUUGUUUAGUUGGUUUUAUUGACUUUUCGGAAACCAUCACAAUUGAAACCGUGCUGAGACAGCACGUCCAUCAAAAAAAAAUUCACCCUGGGUAGUGUCCAGCGAGGUGUGAAAGUUAUGAGUAAGGUGUCGGGACUUCCGUUGUAUCUGAUCCAUUCGUACAAGAAGCGCCGCAUUAAGUUUUGCAACAGUAGAAGCGACAAUAGUAGGGGGGGUAGUUGCUGCAACCCAUUCAACUACAACAAAUUGGAGCGCCGCAUCGAAAGCACAAGGAGCUUAAUUUGAGCUGUGGACGUGCACUGCUCGCAAACAAGUCAGCUUCCUCGAAAGCAGCUUGAUCUGGAAGAAUCCAAAGCCGAGUGGUCGGGGCAGGGGGUACGACGAUCCACCGAAGUACGGGAAAAACGUCCGUUCGCAGCCAGCCUACUCGAAGCUCACCGACGAGGAAAACACAAUGGUGGCCGGACCGGUUGGUAACUUCCACACCGAACUGCGGAAUGACCCGCUGGUUCGGGAGAUGCGCCGCGUUCGCGAGCAGAAUGCCCGACGGUACAAGGAGGACUACUCGCACGUGUUCCGGAACAAAUCACGCUGGGACUUCAUGCGGCUUUCCUUUGUCAUAAUGGGUAUAGAGUUCGUCUACUCGGCAGAGACAGCUUUUGUUUCACCCAUUUUACUUGGUAUCGGAGUCGAACAUCAACUGAUGACCUUGGUGUGGGCCAUCUCUCCAUUGGUUGGAUUUUUUUUGGCACCCAUCCUGGGAACCAUUAGUGAUCGUUGCCUCUCGAAACUGGGUCGUAGAAGACCGGUUCUGCUGGGUCUGUCCGUUAGUAUGAUUAUCGGAUGCAUAUUGGUUCCGUUCGGUGAAAAUAUUGGCAAAUGGUUUGGCGAUCUGGGUGAAAUCCUUCCGGAUAAGUCUAGCAAUCUAUCCGAGGUGCUGAACUUAAACCUAACGGAGUUUAUACCGUACCAGUUCUAUCGAGUCGAAGAGGAAAUAAUUGAGCACGAAAUGAAAUACAAAUGGGCUAUUUUCUUUACUAUUCUUGGAACGCUGUUGCUGGACUUCAGUGCAGAUACUAGUCAAACACCAGCUCGAGCCUAUUUGUUGGAUGUUUGCUUACCAGAGGACCAUGGCCGUGCCUGUAGCACCUUCUCCAUCAUGGCAGGCAUCGGCGGUAGCCUCGGAUAUGCCCUCGGUGGUAUAAACUGGGAUGGGACCAGUUUCGGAGAGUUUCUCGGAGGAAGCAUCAAAACCGUGUUCACCUUAGUGGGUGUUAUCUUUGUGGUAUGCUUGCUGCUUACCGUCACCAGCUUCCGCGAGAUACCACUGUCGGUGAUUGAAAAGGACGAACUGCUGAAACCCCUCACGGAAUCAACCAUCAAGCGGGAGCGAGCCAAGCUGAAUGACAAGAUUUUCUACAUCAAAGAUGUCAGCCGGACGUUUACCAUGCAGCUACAGAUGAUUGAUAACAAGGACCAGCCGACACCGCAAUUGAUUAACAAUGCAUUGACUGAGAUCGAAAAGGGUGCGGUGGAACCGGUGCCAAUCGAUUCUGACUCGGAGGACGAGGAGAAAGCAAUGAAUUUAAAAGAUUUCCUAAAGAGUGUCUUUGUAAUGCCUAAAUCGAUUGCGAUUCUCUGUCUCACGAAUCUGUUAUGCUGGAUGGGUCAUUUGAGCUUUUGCUUGUACUUCACUGACUUCGUUGGCGAGGAAGUAUUCAAAGGAAAUCCGGCGGCACAUUCCACAUCAGAAGACUACCAGCUGUAUCUGGAAGGAGUUCGAUAUGGAUGUUUUGGUUUGGCAAUCUAUUCGUUAGCGUGUUCAUGCUACUCGUUUACAAUCGAAAAAUUGAUCAAGAUCUUGCGAGCCAGAAUAGUUUAUUGUGGUGGAUUGCUGCUGGAUGCCGUUGGUAUGAUUUUGAUGGCAGUGUUCCCAAACAGAGUGACCGUUUUCGUCUUCAGUGCGACCGGCGGAAUCGUUUAUGCGCUGCUAUUUACCAUGCCUUUUCUUCUAUUGGGACAGUACCACGCUAAAGAACAGUUCAAAUCCAACAAACCCGGUAAAUCAGCAGAGCCUGAAAGGAAACGAGGUUUGGCGACUGAUAUUGCGGUCGUAGGAGGGAUGAUUUUCUUGGCCCAGAUCAUAGUUUCACUGGGAAUCGGGACGUUCAUAUCGUGGCUGGGUUCAACGAAAGCCGUCAUCUUUGCUGCCGGGACGUGCAGUUUCUUGGCGGCUAUCUCGGCAACGCAGAUAGUCUACAUGGACUUGUAAAGAUCGUGGAAAUUCGUAAUCUCACCAGCAGUAGCGGGCUUAAGAUUCACCUUAAUUUUAUUAUUGUUAUAUGUUGUAAAAUAAUUUAUCACACAUUUUAGAUUUAUUGGAAUUUAAUGUGAUAAACAAAUACGUUGAAUAGUUUAAGUUUGGAGUCACCUAGCUUAGUUGAUAAAUGGAAUGCAUUUAAUAUAUUUCUAUCAGCUUUAUUA